CAUUGACAUUAAAGUCGUUAAAAAUUUUAUACAUACUACCAACAGACUACUACAAAGCCGCAAAAUGAGAGAUGGCUUUAGAAUCUACAUUCGACGGUGGUGCGAGUGCGAAUGCGAGUUCUCAAUGAAAGAUAUGUAUUAUUUAAAAUGCCAUCAGGAUCUUUAAAUCUAGGCUUUGGCACUGACCCACUCUCCAAUCAUCUAACCUUAUCCUACCGGUAAAACAUCAAGUCUUGAAAAAAAGAAAAGUCUCCGUGGAUCCUAUUUCCACAACAGGAGUCUUGUCUGAAGAAAGGAACAUCGCUUUCUGUCGUGCAUAGUCAGAACAGCAGUCCGGCGUAGUCGGACGACGCUGGGCUGUCAAAUCGCAACACAAGGCUCGCGCUUUUUACUCACAGCCUGAACCGCGGUCACCAGCAGCUCUGCGAAACCUGAUCCAACCAGUUCAGUCCAGUCCUCUUCCUCUGUUUCUUAAUGAAGCUCUUAAAAUGCGGUAAAAAGAAUCAUUACAGUUUAAUAUCAUAUAUCCAGCUAACAGUGCUACAUGUUUAUGGACAAAUACGCAAGUAAGUCUCAAAAGCCAGGAUUUACCCCCAUGUCACAACGACCCUACAAUCAGCAAGUACUAAUGGUGUAUAAGGUCAACUCUGAAUUCAUAAAGACGCUGACACACAUAUGUAAUUGAAAAACUUAGGCGUAGCCAUAAGGUAAAAUUUAACGUACUUUUGUCUGCUCCCAGCUAGGCCAGCCUCCGCCUCCUCUUUCGCUAGGGUUGCAAUGUCAGACUAGCGGAGAUAAGUGGUCAUUUAACCUCGGCUCCAUAAGUUGAGCAAAACCUCCCUCUUUGCCUUUUCCAUCUGCAAAUAACAUCAAUAUUUUUUAUUCAUAUUAUAUUUCACAAGACAACACGUUACAUAUUAGAACCUAGGCUACAAGUGUGGAGGAGUAAAGCAAAAAGGGGAAGGUAGCAGUGUGGUAUAAUGACAGAGGCAUCUGGACUGCACACAGGGGUGCUGAUAGAAGGUGGCAGUUGUAGUGAGCACCUGGAUAUCAUUUUCUUUAUGACUCCUUUUCUUUAGGCUGGCGUCCACUGUCACCACCUGGUCAUGGAUUUUUAAAUGAAUAUUUUGCUUAUUCUAAUAUACUUACUAGACAGUCUGGCAAAAUUUAUUAGGAGGACAGCGGAUAUGAAGUGCAAAAUUAAUGUAAAAUCAUACAUUAACACUGACCUUUACCUCAGCCCUGACGACAUAAUCUGAACUCUCCAUAAUAUCUUCUACAAAUGAAGUAUCCAGCUUGAUUGUUUGACAUCAGGUCCUCAAGUUCCUCUGGCAAAAUCUGUGAACGCGUUACAAUACUAUGGUUAGUCUCAGAAAGAUUAUGUUGAUACUUCAAGUGAGGGAAUGGGGGAGAUGAAGGAUUCUUCUAGCAAAGGGGAUGUACUCAAAAUCGACACUAACCUUUAACUCCAGUGCAUGGUGACACUGGCACCUGCUUAGCGUGUACGUCCCUUUAGUUCCUCUAUUUCUGCGUUUUUCUCCAUAAUCAUUUGCUUCAGGAGCUUUUCCUUGAUAUUCCUAUCUUUGUUUUCCUGCAGGAAACUUGUAGUCAUGGAAUAUUUAACGUUACAUUAAGAUAGUGUUGAUUGAUAGACCAAUAGACAUCCAUGUCAACGUUACAUGCUAAAGUUACGUACUUAAACUAUUAUUUCACCACCCAUGCUGAUAAAUGUAUCUGUUAAUUUAAGUGUUAUUCGCUUUCCUCAGUUCUAGUUUGAGCACCUUCGACCCAUUGACACAUGAAUUUGACAAUCAAAGCCAAAGCCAUUGGUACGAUCUCUGUUUCGAACCUGCCCGCUUCUCUGCCUCAUGAUGUAAUUCAAAUUUUCUGUCGAUGGAGACGAUGUGUUCCUUCUUUCGUGGAUGAUACCUUUACUGUGACGAUGUCAAUUUUCAGGACGAUGUAACCCGUAUUCUCAUACGCCGGCUCAAGUCGGACCUCCCGGACUUUCACUCCUCCCCGGCCAUACGACAGCUCGACCGCUGGGACGUCAUUCUCUUAUCCAGCCCACCUGAAUACCAUCUCCGUAGUAGGUCCUCACAUAUGCCAUCAGGCACGUUUAGCACGCAUAUUCCGCUACGUUAACUUGAAGGAAAACUGUACUAUAGAGGUGCCCUGAGCGCGAUUUCCUGCAACAUUCGCUAGCAGAUCAAGCCCAUCAAUUGGGCAAUUUCCACCAACGUUGUUACAUUGGACGAUAAGGCAACCUCCACCAAAAUAUGCAGUAUAAUUAUAUUAUCACCAUUAGGUUCCAACCGUCCCAUAUAUUUAAAAGUUAUUCAGCUACGAUCACCCCCCCCCCCCCCUCCCAUAUUACACGGGGCUUGUAUAUAACUGUGGCGAGAAGCUCGAAGUAAGUAGUAAAAUCGUUGAGCCCUGAUUGAAACUAGUUGCUCCAGAUAUGCCCUAUCACCUCUCGAUGUCUACCAGAUACUGGAUUGAAAUGCUGUGGAACUUAUGUCCCGUCCAGAAACGUUAGAGUUGCCCGCUGUCAAAGACUUUUUUUUUUGCAGCGGUUACUGACUGUCUGCUCUAUGACCUAUGUACCUUCACCUUCAAUGGCAUUUAUUAUCACAAUAACUGCGUCGUUCCGUUUUACAGGACCCCACUUACUGUCCCAAGAAAGGGGGUUAUUAAUCACUAAUACUGCUUCAAUAUGGUUAUUGGUGACAAAACCUAAAUUAAUCACCGAAGAGAGAAAAACUUACGUGAGGUCUUACGUACCGAUGUGUCCAGCAGGUUUUCAAGAAAGUCGGCGUUGCUCUUGUCGCCGUCACGGCACGCUUCGCUGGAACAAAACUGCACCUUUGCCGUCUUCCAGUUGUCCAUCAGGUUUUGAAGUUUGGCUUCAUCGCACUUCGCCAUUUCAAAGAAUAUGUGUCUGGCAAUGCGCCUGUUUUGAGACCUGGCGUAAUUCGAAACGUAUGUGUGUUCUAUUUGGGUCAUCUGCGGUCAAUGUACUAUUUUCUGUUGUCAUGACCUAUUUUUAGAGUGCCUUGUAUUAGAAAAAAAAACAUUUUUUUUACACAUUUAAGGUUCCUGUGUCCGCCAAGUGUCAAAGGUCACUAGCUACAGUUUCUCCGUAAUCAUGGAACCGCAGGCUCCCUGUCAGUGAGUGUAAACUGGACGGAAAUCUGUAGUCUACUACAGUUGUAGACUACGAUGCGUAGUACUAUAUAUUCAAGAAACAAGUGUAAAUUGGGCCUAUUACUAGUAUAUAUAGAACAGCUUUACGUCUAAUAGUUCUUAGAUCGCUAGUACGCGUGCGCGUGUUCAGCCAGAGCUCCAUGCGACCCCUUGCGAUUGGAAAUAUCACUGCACCAAGCUGACUAUUUCGCAAUAGCACAACUACCUCUGACCCCGUCUGCGCAAAGAGUCGUGUAAUAAGCAAGGUGUAUCAUUAAAGGACACAUUAUCAUCUGCCCCAACUGGCUCAGAUUUGGGUCUGCCCUCAAUCUUUGCUCUCUUGUGCCUGUCACCCUUUCUUCUUUUUUCAAUCUGGCUGCACAGAGGGUAGUUGAGGGUGUGCAAUGACCGGGCAUAUUGAUCUUUGUCCUUGUAGUCAAUGUUUUAUAAUAAUUAUACACCUUUUCCUGCAGCUGUGACAAAUUUUUGGGGGAGUUGGUCAACUUUGUUGCCACAUCAAUACAAAAAUUACUCAUAAUUCCUGUUGCAAAGUUCAAACAGGAUACACAACACGCAAGUGGUUGCACAACACCACUAUCUUUAAUAUAAACAGACCACAAUAUUUUACUAAAAGCGCGAUGCCUAGCAGAUACACGUAGAACGUAGAAACAAAGUACCACAACGCCGGAAUCACUGUACAUGUGGCCACUGCCGUUGAGACUGCCGCGAAGUUUGCCCUGAACAAAAUCAGGCAUUCAAAACAUUUGGGAAUGGUGAUAUGUAUAUAGGUUCUGCAACCGUUGACAUAUUUCCCUAACCUUGUACAUAUUUCUAAUAUUUAGGAUGACUUGUGAUUACAGUUCUUCUUAAAUACAUGUAGUUUUUGUUGGUUACAUGUAACAAGUACCUGAACUUGGAGUAGGCACAUCAGCAAGAGAGGUAUCACGUUUCAGUUAAUUUAAAUAUAGCGGAUAGUGAGUGAUAGUGAGUGAGCGGGUAUGACCGAGUCUAUGGUGCGGAUAAUAAAUGCAACUGUCGGUACUCUGUAAUGGUUGGUAAUAAUAAACAUUGAUUUGUAUCUGUAUUCUUAUCUGCCGUUGUGUUGUCACAGUCCAGUCGUCCAACAUAUAUUAUUUACUAUAGGUUAUUGAGGGCACCAUUGAAAUCAUAGCUGUGGACUAUGUCUCCACUUGACGAUAACAGGGGUUAAAGUUUUGAUCCAGUCAUGAUGUUUGUUAGGUAAGUACAAACCUAAGGCAACACUAAUUUUAUUUGUUGUUUCUCGGAUUUUCCGACCAAUUUUUUUCCGAUUUAAAAAAGAAAACUUUUUUUUUUAAAUUGAUAGCCACACAUCGUGAUGAAGCUACUUGGCACAUCAAAGCUACGACUUUUAGGUAGAUAAGCCAGAAAAAAAACAUGAAUUUGGGGAGCAUUUCAAUUUAAGUAAAUGUAGAAAAUCUGAAAACUAUAACUUGGUAAACAUGUUGUUAUUUCUGUUGUGUAACUUGAGUGUUUACCCCUAGAUCUCUCCUACCCCAAAUAUUUUGCAAAAGUUUUUUGUCGACUGACCGACCCAAUUUUUUUCUGAAAUAUCCGAAAAACAACUAAAAUUGGUCUGGCCUAAAGUAUACAACACAAGGUGCGAGUCAUCAGUGUAGACCUCUUGCCACGGUUAGACGGUUUGAAAAGUUUUUGAAACUUUAAAGUGUUUAUGGCAAUUUCACAUCAACAUGAUGUUUCACCGUCAUUUUAUUCUCACGGUCGUGCUGGCGUUCUGUGCAACAGGGGCUACAGCAGACUAUUGCGCUGCAAAUCCGUGUUGGUCCGGAGGAACGUGUUUGGGGGGCUCUACGGGAUACACCUGCACCUGUCCAUCUGGGACCUUGGGACAGAACUGUGAAACAGUCUACAACAACAAGUGCUACCGACAGUCGCGAGACGCCCUGUCCCAUAAGGAAGCCGCGGCAGCCUGUGUGUUCAUGGGAGGGCAGCUAGUGGACAUCAAGGACCCACAUGAGCAGCAGAUACUGAAUGACAUCAUACGGAACACCAACGAUGUCUCCCUCUGGACAUUCAUGAAGUCACAGUCCCCCCAACUCCUCCAUAUCGAUGGUUCUACCUUGUCGUUGCAGUCGUCAUGGAUGGCUAGCGACAUCUACGGCCCGUUCGACAUCUGUGUGCUGCUGGACCGGGAAGAGAGUUACAAAGGAGACUUCCACGCCUGCACGGAACAGCACAACUACUUCUGCGAGUCUCCUGUGAUCCAAUGCCAACCUAACGUGUGUCAGAACGGCGGAUUUUGCAAGUCCUGCUUCAAUGGUUCCCCCAUGUGUGCAUGCAGUCCAGGAUACACCGGCGUUUUCUGUGAAACAGAUAUAAACGAGUGUGCAUCUAAUCCCUGUCAGAAUGGAGGAACCUGCCAUGAUCAUGUCGACUCCUUCGCCUGUUUCUGUCGCCUUGGAUACGACGGAGAUCUCUGUGAAAACGAUAUCGACUACUGUGCCACGAGCCCUUGUCCACCUGGGUGGACCUGUAUUGACCAAGUUAUCGGGUUUCACUGUGAUGUGCCACAAGGAGCGAAAGCCAGGUCUACCUUUUGUGUGGCGUCUCCCUGUGCUGAAGGAUGGUCCUGCGAAGAUACUGGCCCUCGUACUGGCUACACCUGCACUCCAGGAUCUUAAUUCUAACAAAUGCCAACAAUAUCCCAUCCGCUUGUUAACACAGAUUAACCCUUUACAGGAUAAUACUAGAAAUCAGUUUGCAAAGUACUGUACAACGCGAUAUAACGCAGGUUGGUUAAUAUCAAAAUUUAACUGAAAAUUAGAUUUAUUGUUUACAAUAUACAAAACCAAGUAAGUCAAACUGACUUACAAACAACUAGUCAUUCAAACUUUCAUGUCAAUAGGUUUCAUUACGAUCUUAAAUGUAUAUCACUUCGUAUUACUUUGUUGGAGAAAAUGUACUCAAUUUUUAAAGAUGUCAAAGAUCACUUAUUCAAAUCCGUGAUGCCUCGCUAUUAAAGAUUCACAAUGUGUAUGAAUAGUAUGUUAAUUACUGUGAGUACAUUGCCUUGCUUAACAAUAAAAAUGCAACUUUGUAAAGUUUCAAUUUUUGGGCUUAGCUUAGGUGUAAACCUUGCUGUUAUGUAAAUUGAAAACACGAGUAUCUUAUUGGAUAUAAAGUAACAAUCAUAUGUUUGAACGUCUCAGUAUAAAGCUCUUAUAGCGCUAGAUAUAUAGGUUAAGAAAGUAUUAUGAGCACACAAAUAUAGCAUGUGUUCUCAGUGACUACGCGAUCUGAUUGGGGCGAUUUCACAAAACCUACACAGGAAAGUUAAAUCCCCCAACCUAAAAUUUAAGAGUUAGCUUUAGACUAGGGUAGACACUUCAGAUAUUGUACACUGUUUCAUGUUACCUGUAACCCACGGGCAAGAAUUUGCAAUACAGUUUCAUUCAUUCUUUGCUAUCGGAGAUUUCCGGAGGAA